GUUUGUCUUCCUUCUUUACAGAAAAUGAACAGCCAGUACUUUCGCCAUGAAGUACUUGCUUGUGAAACUGGUGAGCUGAAAAGCUUCUGGGAAAAGACAAUUGAGAAGCAAACUCAGCAUCUUGAAGUUGAAAGAGAACGUAAACAAAGAAGUGCACUGACCAGGCUCAGAAAUGAAUGGACGGAAAGGCUGGAAAAAAGAUUAAAGAUGAUAAAAGCGCACAAUGAAAAUGAAGACGCCCCUAACUGAGACUAACAU